UCGCGCUGUCGCUGCGAGAGGCGGGGGCGGGGGCGGGGGGCGGCGGCUCGCUGUACCCGCGGGUGGAGGCGACCGAGGCGCCGUCCGCCCGCAAGGUUCGCGCGCUCUACGACUUUGAGGCGGCCGAGGACAAUGAGCUGACGUUCCUCGCCGGCGAAAUCGUGCACGUGACGGACUCGAGCGAUCCCAACUGGUGGAAAGGCUACAACGACCGGGGUGAAGGCCUUUUUCCGGCUAAUUUUGUAACUUCUGAUCUCAGCGAACCGCGGCCCGAGAGCGAGGCGCGCGCGGGCGGCAAGAGCGUGCAGUUCGCGGCGAGCGAGGGGGAGGGCGGCGGCGCGGAGGCGGCGGAGGAGGAGGCGCGCAUCGACGAGGCGGCCAUGGACGCGGCGCUGGCGCUGCUGCACGAGGCCGACCCGGCGGAGGCGCCCGCGGCGGGCGGCGCCGAGCGCGCGCUGCGCCGCCUGGAGGCGCGCGUGCACGCCAUGGGCCCGCUCGUGGACGCGGCGCUCGAGCGCGCCGACCGCCGCCACGCGCGCCUCACGCAGCUCAGCGCCGACCUCGUGGACGCGCUCAACCUCUACCACUCGCUCAUGCGCGACCCGCCCAAGCCGCUCUACGCGCCCCCCGCCUUCGCGCCGCCGCCGCCCCACGCGCCGAUGCACCAGCCGCACCAGCCGCUCCAGCCGCACCAGCCGCUCCAGCCGCACUUGCACGGCGCGCCGCCCCCCGCCCCCCUCGGCCCCGUGGCGCACGCGCCGCCGCACCAGCCGCAGCCGCCCAGAUGC